UCUUAACUUCUAUUGUGAUUGUGAACAUAACAUAACCUAAGAUUAUAGUGAUUUUAAAGAAAUAAAUUGAACAAAAAAUCGCAACGAUUCUUGAGAAUAUACUGAAAGAAAGAAAAAAACAAUUUUUGUCUGUGUUUCAAGAGAUGCAAUACUAAUCAAGUGAGAUGCCAGAUAUCAAGGUUACACCUUUGGGGGCUGGCCAAGAUGUGGGGCGCAGUUGUUUGUUACUUACAAUGGGUGGAAAGAAUAUUAUGCUCGACUGUGGUAUGCACAUGGGAUACAAUGAUGAAAGGAGAUUUCCUGAUUUCAGUUAUAUUAAUCCUGAUGGUCCAAUCACCUCAUACAUAGAUUGUGUUAUAAUUUCCCAUUUCCAUUUGGAUCAUUGUGGUGCAUUACCUUAUAUGUCUGAGAUGGUGGGUUAUAAUGGACCUAUCUACAUGACACAUCCAACAAAAGCUAUUGCUCCAAUUCUGUUAGAGGACAUGCGAAAAGUGUCAGUUGAGAGAAAAGGAGAACAGAAUUUUUUUACUUCACAAAUGAUUAAAGAUUGCAUGAAGAAAGUUAUUGCAGUCACAUUGCACCAGUCUGUUAUGGUUGAUAACGAUUUGGAAAUUAAAGCAUAUUAUGCUGGUCAUGUGCUGGGAGCUGGUAUGUUUUGGGUACGAGUAGGAAAUCAAUCUAUUGUUUAUACUGGCGAUUAUAAUAUGACUCCGGAUAGGCAUUUGGGAGCGGCAUGGAUAGAUAAAUGUCGGCCGGAUUUGCUCAUCUCAGAGUCAACAUACGCCACAACUAUUAGGGAUUCAAAGAGGUGCAGAGAAAGGGAUUUUUUGAAGAAGGUUCACGAAUGCGUGGACCGCGGAGGCAAAGUAUUGAUACCAGUAUUUGCAUUAGGCAGGGCGCAGGAGCUUUGUAUCCUGCUGGAAACUUAUUGGGAACGGAUGAACCUGAAAGCUCCGGUUUACUUCGCACUCGGUUUAACUGAUAAGGCCAACAAUUAUUACAAGAUGUUUAUUACAUGGACCAAUCAAAAGAUUAGGAAGACUUUUGUCCAGAGGAACAUGUUUGAUUUUAAACACAUUAAGCCAUUUGAUAGGCAGUUCAUUGAUAAUCCUGGUCCUAUGGUGGUGUUUGCAACACCAGGCAUGUUGCAUGCUGGGCUAAGUCUGCAAAUUUUCAAAAAAUGGGCACCAUGCGAGAAUAAUAUGGUCAUUAUGCCUGGGUUCUGUGUACAAGGCACGGUUGGAAAUCAAAUCCUCAAUGGGGCCAAGAAAAUUGAAUUUGAGAAUAGACAAAUCAUAGAAGUUAAAAUGUCCGUUGAAUACAUGUCAUUCUCAGCUCACGCCGAUGCGAAAGGUAUAAUGCAACUUAUACAAUACUGCGAGCCGACUAAUGUGAUGUUGGUGCAUGGAGAAGCAGAAAAGAUGGAAUUUUUGAAGGAAAAAAUUAAGGAAGAGUUUAACAUUAAUUGCUUCAAUCCGGCAAACGGAGAAACCUGCGUUAUAAACACGCCCGUAAAGAUACCAUUGGACGUGUCCUUGUCGCUGUUAAAGGCGGAAGCCAAGAAAUUCAACAUGCUACCUCCGAAUCCCGAAAGGAGACGCGUUCUUCACGGAGUGCUGGUCAUGAAAGAUAACACCCAUUGCUUAAUGGACGUGGAGGAUGCCUGCAAAGAGGUCGGUAUUAACCGGCAUAUUAUUCGGUUCACAUCGACAGUAUAUCUGAACGAUUCCGGACCUCCUUUAUCUACGGCAAAGAAGCUGCACCAAUUACUCGAAGAAAAAUUAAGCCAAUGGAGCGUGACCAUUUCCGAUGUCGAAGUCUCCGUAGAAUCUGUGAUCGUCAAGGUGGAAGGCGACGAAAACGAGCAGAAGAGCAUCUUCGUCUCAUGGACCAACCAGGACGAAGAUCUAGGAAGUUAUAUUUUAGAGUUACUUAGUUCUAUGGCGAAAUAAAUUAUUUUACAUUUUUAUUAUAAAAAUAAACUAUAUUUUGUGCA